AUGACUGCCUUUCCAUUCUUGUUCAGUUUUAUCAAUCGGGACGAUAUUGACUUUAGUACCGUGGAGAGAAUAACUCCGACGCAAGAAUGGGAUUUGGUACAAACUGGCGAACUAGUCGAAUAUCAAACAAAGAUGACGAAAAUGUAUAACGUGCGCAAUCUGACAUUAUUCAUUCCCGAUAAUUAUGGUGAUGACCUGACCAGAAUAUCCUUCCUAGGAUUCAAGGGUGAAUGGAUGGCAGUCAGGCGAGAUCCCAUAAUAACAAUAUACGAAGCAUCUGCCAACCCAGCCGAUCACAAGACACCUGCCAGCGAGAACAGAAUACAACAUGGAAUUCAAUAA